AUGAAUAGAGCAUCAGUCAAAUAUGCGUUCACAAAAUCAAGCCAUACAGUCACACCCCACUAUCAAAAUGGGUCGGCAAAGUCAGACCCAUUUGUCAGCAUCAGGCUUCCACCAAAUCUCCCACUAACACCUCCAUUAACAACUAUAAAUACCUCACUCUCCCAAUACUUCCUCCUGCCAAGAACAAAAGCUUCUCCAAGGCUUCCUUUCAAGUUCAUACACAUUCUUUUCACCAAUAUGGCAUCAUUAACCUCUUUCAUUUUCAUGUCUUUGCUUGUAACUCUAUCCAUUAUUGAAUCCGAGUGCCGAGUUGCUCGAAAGGACUUGGGGGUGGACCUUGGAGGGAUUGGGGUCGGAAUUGGAGCUGGAGUCGGCAUUGGCUUGGGCGGAGGCAGUGGCUCGGGGUCCGGAGCAGGGGCCGGUUCUGGUUCUGGUUCAGGUUCAAGGUCAUCAUCUUCAUCUUCGUCCUCGUCUUCGUCCAGUUCUUCAGGAAAUUCUGGCGCAGGUUCUGAAGCUGGGUCCUAUGCAGGCUCCUAUGCGGGUUCAGGAUCCGGAGGAAACCGGGGAGGUAAUGGAGGUGGUUCAGGAUAUGGUGGGGGACGUGGCGGAGGUUAUGGAGGAGGAAAUGGCGCCGGUGAAGGAUACGGUGAGGGCCACGGCGAGGGUUAUGGUGAGGGCCGCGGCAACUGAAUUUUUUUACGGCCAAGAAAUUUACAUAUUAAGAUAGUUUAAAAUUUUAUUUACUAAAAAUGUGUUUCACCAUUUUGUAUAAAAAUAAGAAGAUGCUGCUGAAGUUGAGUCCUUUCGUAUUUUGAA